AUGGAGGAAUUACUUCAAGACGUAUUCAAAGAAGCUACUGGACCCAAAUUAGCCCCUUUGCGGAAAGCUUGUCAAGAUGCUUUAGAAGCACUAUGCUUACAAGAAAGCAAUGCUCGUCGACCAUGCUACGAGUUGCGCAGAAUCUGUCUGUUACCAUUGCAAAUAGCAUUGGAGAGCAAAAGACCGAGAUUGGUCACCUUUGCCAUACAGGGCUUCCAUAAAAUGCUACGUGACGACAGAUUCCACAGAGGCAUCGAACCUGAAGAUGAUUCUCUAUGGAUGCCUUCACAAUUAUUUUGCGCUACUGCCUCUGUGAUGUAUCAUUUGCCAGAAACGCAGGUGCAAAUAUUCCGAAUGUACCUGUCGCUGGCUCUUUCUCCUCGGCGAACACUCAACGGCCGUUUGUGUGUGUGGGCGUGCGGCCGAUGUGGGGAAGCGGCUGCUGCUACUGCUCCUGUCGCUGCUGCCGCUAGAGCUGCCGCAGCGCAAGCUCUGAGAGCUUAUUGCGCACAACUAGACGAGGAAUAUCAAGAACUGUUUUCAGAAGGAUCACCUUUGGGCAAGAAUCAUAUAGUCGCUGUUAGUUGUUAUAGUGAAGUUAUACCAGUCAUACAAUACCUGUGCAGUAGGCUAUCCGAAACACAGAUGGUACCAAAGCAGAAUCCACUAGCAUUAUUUUUUCUAGACUGUCUCCUCACUCUAAUGUCAAGUCUUUCCGAGCGCGUGAGCAGCAACUCACAUUUCACCACAUUCCUUUGGCAGAAGUUUUGCCCUUCCCUCAUAUCGUUCUUGGGUACUCCGAGAGUCGAUAAAAAUAUAAAAUCAAGAGAACAUGAAGGCCAUUUAGUAGAUGAUUCUGGAAGAGGAUCUGGUGCAUUAAACAGUGCACCAAGUUUUAACAGUCGUCAAGCUAAGACCAUAUAUAGUAUAGCCAAUCAACUGGUCAGAUUGGUAGGCUCUACUUCGAACCUGCGACCAGUAUUGGAAGCACUCUACCAUCGCAUGUUACUGUACCCGCCCGUAGCUCAUAGAGUGGAGCCAUUGAGAAGUGUAAGGGAAUUGUUACACAGCCCGAAGCGGCUCAUCCAACUAGUUUUGCUGAAAAAGAUGGACCAUCCCGAAAGGCACAGCGAUGAUAUGGCCAUAGUUAGGUUAAUAAUGGAUGGCAUCGAAGAUUGUGGUCGUACUGGAAAUCCUGAGGUAAUAGCUGCAGCUGUCGAAUGCGUUGUUUCCCUCCUCGAUGCAUUAGAGAAACUUUGCAUUAGUUCUGGAGAAUACAUGACGGCAGAUGUCGCUACGUUAGUUCUACAACACUGGCCGAAACUGCAAGAUGCGGAUUAUUCUGGACCACUCACUUAUCAAACAUUGGCGAGGUUACCAAGUCCUUAUCGAGAUGUCGUAGCUGUACUUCAAAACAGUGAAGAAAAAGGCCAUGACUCUUCAGAUACAUCUGGACCAGAAAAUGUCACUUCAGGCAGCGAUGGCGAGGCAGAUUCAGACGCCGAUAAUGUAUUCUUGCCUACUCGAGCAAAUAACCCUUCGUCUUCUGAAGAAUCUGAGAAAGAAAAUGUAUCAAAAGUCAAAUUGGUGCCUAAAACUCUCAAUUUAGGAAGGUGUACAGUUACUGAAUGUAACGUCGAUUUGGAGCGUCAUAACGCAAGACAAUUUGUGAAGACAUUGCAGAACUCGUUGCUCCCAAAACUCAUAAACCUUAGAACGUGUAUCGAGGUAGAUGAGGCUAUGCAGGAGUUUGCAUCGAAGUGUUGUCAACAUAACGCGGCCCAACCGCCGGCUACUGCUUGUAUUAUGAACGCGGAUGGUGUAUACCUCGCCACCUAUGCUGCUUUACUUCUAAAUCUACGUCAACGACGAACUGAUUACUAUACAGGGAACGAUAAAUUGCAGGUGUCCAUGACGGAAGAUGAAUUUGUAGACGAAGUACAAGGCAGCGGUGUGCUCGUAUACCUAUCAGCAACAUGGCUUCGGGAAGUGUACCAGCAGGUGCUAUCAAAUGAUCUACUUAAAAAUGUGCCCAGCACAGAACAUCCACUACUCCAUUUAUUGUCAGAUCUCGGAGGCUUAGACCAAAACCCAGUUAUGUCAGAUUGGCAAAAAUUGAAAGAAGUCUCUAUGCUCUAUAGUAACACUGAUGAAUCGCCACAACAUCAAGCCAGCCUACGUUGGACAAGGAGAAUAUUGACUUGCAUCUGGGAGUCUAUGGUCACGGUACUGAGCGUACCUUUAACGUGUCAUAAGAAUCGUAAACAGAAAUUACAGGGGAUAUUGUCCAAGAAAAUAAACUCUUUUGGCAGGAGAAAACGUAUUGCUUGGGAGGCACUGACUAUUCAAUGUCUAGAAGGGUUACACAAGGCAGCCAGAGUGAGCAAUACGUUGAGUUUACAAAAUCGUUGCAGCAGUAUAUUAGCCCUGCUUGCUCAUUCAGCUAUAUCCCAACCACCCAACGGCAAGAUAUUAUCAACACACGCACUAUCAUUGGAUAUACUAAUUACUGGUGGCUUAGAAUUAGGUUCGAAGGCGCCAGAGUGUUGGGAGCACAUAUUCGCGGCAUGCCAAUACGUAUCCAGUUUCGAACAUACGUUGUUCGGACAACAGGGCAACAACGCUACGCCCAUCAUCACUAUGCAGACUGCCAGAAACAAGACAGUCUCUGUGUUACAGACGGACGCAAAGCUACCACUGGACGGCAGAGAUGAUGAGACUUGCACUACCAAGUACAUCACUCAGUCGGCCAGCAAACGUUGUAGAAGACGUACGCUUGUUCAUGGUAAAACAAUAUUUUCGUUAAAUAUUGCGCGGGAGUUGAUUAUUCUGGAAUUGUUCUCUUUCUUAUCGUCCGUAUUACUAAAAAUUAAGGAAGAUCCUGAGAAGUAUGUAGAACAAGAGGCAAAAGAAAGAGCAAGAUACCUCAAAAGAAAAGAACAGAAAAAAAUUAAAGACGCACAAGAAAUGACACCGAGACAAUUAAGAGCUCAGAGAAAAAAAUGGAGAGUUAAUUCGAAAAGUCAUUAUGAAAGAAAAAAGAAAGAAAAAGCUAUACAACAACUAUUACUUGAAAAUUCCCCACCAAAUAGUGACACUGAAGUACUUCCAGCUGCUGAUCAAGAUCCUCUCGAUAGACCUGCUCUAAAUAUUCCUAGGCCAUUCUUUGAUUGUAUGGAUCGUGAUACCUGUCAACAAUGUCUAAAAAAAGAUAUUCUUCUUAGAAAGUUUCGCUACCGACAUAAAAAAGAGAUUGGAAUUUUGAAACUAGAACUAGAAAAAACAAAGAAACAGAAAGAUGCCCUUAGAAAAACGUUUUACAGAAUAAUGAAGAAUAAGACAAAAAAAGAAAAUAUAUCUACUGAAGAAAAAAUAGAACAUUUGAUAGAAAAUGUGAACACAGAAAAACGUGAGGAAAUUAAAAAGAAAUUAGUAUUUGGUGAAAUUCUGUCAAGAAGUAUCGGGGAAGGAUAUAAGUCCUUGAGAAAAAAAGACAAGAAAGAAUUCUCUAAUAUCGUUAUCGUGGACGUGUUCAACUUCUUGCAACCGGUGCUUGAAACAAACAUGAACAACGAAAUGUCUGUCUCCAAGAUAGUUGAAACUUGCAGACAAGAGGUACACUCUCAUCCAACAUUUAAUGCUCUAUAA